GGUGACCAUGGACCCCCUGACCAAAGCCAACACAACCUUUGCACUGGAGCUGUUCAAAGCCCUGAGACAUGAGGACCCCACGGCCAACCUGUUUUUCUCACCAUUCAGCGUGUCCUCAGCACUGGCCAUGGUCCUCCUGGGCACAUGUGGCAGCACCAAGACACAGCUGGCCAAGACUCUUCACUUCGACACAGUGGAGGAGAUUCAUCCAAGAUUCCAGACCCUGAACACCAAUAUCAAUAAAUGUGGCACUUCCUACAUCCUGAAAGUUGCCAACAGGCUAUAUGGGGAGAAGACCUACAAGUUUCUCCCUGAUUUCUUAGAUUCAACUCAAAAAAUGUACUGUGCUGAGCUGGCCCAAGUGGACUUGGGCCAUUCAUCAGAAGAGGCCAGGCAGGUGAUCAAUGAGUGGGUCAGAGAGCAGACUUCAAGAAAAAUCCCAGAAUUGUUGGCCGAAGGGAUUGUGGACAGCAUGACUAAAUUGGUGCUGGUGAAUGCCAUCUAUUUCAAAGGAAAAUGGCAGAAGGAAUUCUCCAAAGAGGACACCCAGGAAGUUCAGUUCAGGAUGAAUCAGAAAGACACCAAGAAGGUGAUGAUGAUGUAUCAGAAGAACAAAUGGCCCCUGAGCUACAUCGAGGACCUCAAGUGCCAAGUUCUGGAGCUUCCCUACCAGGACAAGGAGCUCAGCAUGGUCAUUCUGCUGCCUGACGACAUCGAGAAUGGGACCACAGGACUGCAGAAGAUAGAGAAGAAUAUAAAUUUGGAGACCCUGACCAAGUGGACAAAACUGGAGAACAUAUCAGUCAUCAAGGUCAAAGUCUACCUGCCCAGAUUCAAGCUGGAGGAGAAUUACACUCUCAACUUCCCCCUUACUCACUUGGGCCUAACCGAGCUCUUUGAUCCUGGACAGGGUAACCUUUCUGGCAUGUCAGGGGCCAAAGAUCUUUUUAUUUCCAAAAUUGUGCACAAAUUGUUCGUGAAGGUAAAUGAGGAGGGCACAGAAUCAGCAGCUUCCACAGGGGGUACUUUAAGCACAACCAGUAUAGAGCCAGAGGUAGAGUUCAAGUGUGACCGCCCCUUCCUCUUCUUCAUCUGUCACAAUGCCUCCAGCACCAUCCUAUUUCGAGGCAGGUUUACUUCCACAUGA